AGGCCUCCCUCGUCAACUAUGAUGAUAUGAGCGUUCUGAAGAAUUACCUAGAUCGACUUGAUCUAACGCUCCUUCGACCCCGGGAAACUGAGCUAUUUCCGAAGUUCAAGCAUACAGGGCGCAACCUUAUAUCCAUCAUGCAGUCAUCGCUUGCUUCAUACGAGUUGUUGGAAUCCAAGUCUUUGGAGCCAAGUGCACACACAACAAACACGAAAGAUCUCAACCGUUUGAGACAUCUCUUGCAUUCCCCGAAAGAUAGAGAGCUAUACGAGUUCUUGAAAAGAUCAUCAACGCGCAGCAAUUUCACUCUAUUGAUGAAAGAUCUGUCUCCCCUUGAGGUGUCCUUAGCUGUGAAACGUCUGACAAGCUUAAUGGACAGAGUUGUCAAAUGGUAUAUUUUGGAACUGCAGUAUAUUUCAAGAAUCAGUAAGGACGCGGAUCUGGACCGAGUUUUGAAAACAAAAUCGGAAAUGUACUCGUCUAUAUCUAAGAUUUUUCGCCGAAUUCAAGAAAGCUGCGAUCUUACCACCAUAGAUUACGAAAACAUGGUUAAUUUCCACGCACACAAUUUACGAUACCUUACGGCUAUUAAGCUUAUAUCUGAAAUUGAAGGGAAAAUAUUAAAGGGAGCAGAGAAUCUACAAUUUACGAAAUCCUUGUGGAUCAAUAAACUCAAGAUACUUGGACAUGCAGAUGAAAAAGCUUGGCGCAUUAACCGGUACCAUUACAAAGAGGCGGAAAUGGAACCACUCCCCAAAAACUAUAUUUAUCCGCACCAUGGUAGCAGCGUGCAGCAGCUGCUACAAGAGCUUAACAAUUCUGGGCUCCAAUUAGAUAUUGAGCUCUAUGAAACGAUCAUUCUGAGUCUUGCAGGUGCUGGUGAAAUAGACUACCUUCAGUCCUUGAUAGACAAAAUAUGGGGAAUAGGCGGCAAGGCCAAUGGGAGCGUUGAGCGCGGUUCUACGCUCUAUCCAACUUUUGGUCUACUAGAGAAAAUCAUUGUUGCGUUUACCUACAAUGGACAAUUCAUGAAAGGUUUGCUUAUUUGCAUGAAACUGAUCGAAAAAUACCAACUGGACCUGCGAUAUUCCCAAAAGUAUUGGACGGGAGUGCUUCGUGCUUCUGGAGUGACAACUGCAAAUAUUUACAGAGACAUUCAGACCAAGCUUUGGGAGAAGGGGGUCGAUGAAGAAAAGUAUAAAAGAGAGUUUGAGCUCCAGCAUGAGAUAUUUGACCUGUUGUGGAGGAGCGCGAUGAGUGUGCUGGAGACUCCAUCGAAGGAUAUGAUUAAGGUUCGUUUACGGUACUCCAGCUUGGAAUCGCUUGUGAGAGAUCUUCCCCAAAUUCACGAACUAGCCGUUAAUGCACACAAAAACACCUCUGCUAGUGAGGCCGCAUAUCGUGAAAGUCUCUUGCUGCGAUACCUCAAUAUUUGUCGUGUGAAAUUGGUUCAACGAAGGAACUUUUACGAGGCAGAGAUGCUUAUUAAGAAAUUCUCGAUGAACCAGAGAAUGGAAAGUGCUCUUCUGUUUAGGCUUAAGCGGUCCCAGCAGAGAUAUCUCCGCGACACGACUGUCAAAAAGGCAGAACAGCGCAUUCUGGAAGAUGAAGACGAAGAUGGGUUUGGUAUUUGGUAAAUAUGCUAUAUAACUAAUUCGAGCUCG